AUGUCUCUGUUCGGAACAUCGCCCGAAGAGCCUUCCGCGGUGACCUCCACCCAGAGGUCCAAAUCCUCGCUCUUCGCAGACGAAUCCGCCGGCGGCUCCUCCCUCUUCGCGGAUGAUGACGGCGACGAUAGCUCCGCCACUCCCUGGAAUCAGAACAAUACAGCCAAGAGAACCGCUCGCCGCGAUCUGGUCCGCACUUUGCUUCCUGCCACCGAUGUUCCCGAGAGCUAUGUCGACGCAUACGAUCUGAUACUCAACAGCGGGGAUAGAGUCGACUCAGGCGUCGGACUGACCUCGAUUAGGGAGAUCCUGUCAAGCAGUGGCCUGACUGCCUCCGAUCAGGGCAAGAUCCUCAAUCUGGUCGUGUCUGGUGACCACGAGAGCUCUGGUGGGCUAGGUCGCGCAGAGUUCAAUGUGUUGCUGGCGCUAGUUGGCCUCGCGCAAGAGGGAGAGGAUCUAUCUUUUGAUUCCGUCGAUGACCGUCGCAAGAAGCUUCCACAGCCUAAUAGCGGUUUCCUUGACCGGUUACGAACAUCGAACAACGCGCCCUCUGAUACCGCGAACGAACGACCAACCACACCCCCAACCCAAGUAGCACCGAUACAAGAACCGAACUCGGCACGGUCUCGACGCACACGACGGGAGUCAUUGGGUUUGGGCGGCGGCUUGGAAUCGGAUCCCUGGGGAAGCCCGGAGCUCCAUCGGAAUCACAACCAUGAAACCGUCCCGACCGAAGAGCGCGUUAUAAAUGGCUUCGGAAGCAUGCGCUCUCCAAGUGCUGCAUGGUCUGGCCGGGUAGUCGACGAGACCAGCCGGAGCGAAGCACCACAACAGGAGCAUACCAACGGUCGAAGUGACGCGGCGCCGCCCAGCAGCUCUGGGUCUGGCUGGGGAGUUAACAUGGGCGGGCAACCCGGAGAUGAUGCAUUUGGUGCGGGACAGCGCCCGGCCCUCGGUGGCUUCGGGCCUCCCGGCGACGACCCCGGCGACAUCGCACCUCGGCGCCGGUCCAUGGGUCUCUCACGGACUACAAACCCACAGGUUGAAGAAACCGUCGCGAUUACCCUCCUUCCGGAGAAAGAGGGCAUGUUCAUGUUCCAACAUCGAAACUACGAAGUCAAGUCGGCGCGACGAGGGAGCACGGUCGUGCGGCGGUACAGCGACUUUGUCUGGCUCUUGGAUUGUCUUCAAAAGCGAUUCCCCUUCCGACAAUUGCCCCUUCUCCCGCCCAAGCGCGUGUCAGUGAAUGGUACUCAUCUAUCAGCGGAUUCAACUUCUUUUCUGGAAAAGCGCCGCCGUGGGCUCAUUAGGUUUACCAAUUCUCUCGUCCGACAUCCUGUCCUUGGCCAGGAACAGCUGGUGAUCAUGUUCUUAACUGUUCCUACGGAAUUGUCAGUAUGGCGCAAGCAGGCCACAAUCUCCGUUCAGGACGAGUUUGUUGGCCGUGCUCUCCCACCGGACUUGGAGGACUCUCUGCCUGCCACACUUGAUGAAACCUUCGAAACCGUCCGCAGCGGUGUUCAACGAUCCGCGGAAAUCUAUAUCAACCUGUGUACUCUGCUCGAGCGACUGGCCAAGCGGAAUGACGGCCUGGCUGCCGAUCACCUGCGCUUCUCUCUGGCUCUGCAAUCUCUGACCGAGGUCACCAAGGACACCUACUCGAUUGACACCAAUGAUGUCCCAUCUCUAAAUACCGGCAUCACGGCGACCGCGCGACACCUUUCUGCUAGCCAGAGCCUGCUAGAGGACGAGGGGCGAGCCUGGUCCGAGGGAGUUCUCGAGGACCUCAAGCGCCAGCGGGACGUUCUGGUCAGCGUGCGGGAGAUGUUCGAUCGGCGGGAUAGAUACGCCCGAAACAAUAUCCUGCAGCUCGAACGCCGAAUCGAGGCCAGUGAGCGCAAGCUGCAGGACCUGCGGGCCCGACCAACCGGGACGGCGAAGCCGGGCGAGAUCGAAAAAGUGGAGGAUUCUAUAUUCAAGGACAAAGAGUCAAUCGUGCAGCAGCACGCGCGGGGCGUGUUCAUCAAGGAAUGCCUCCGGGACGAACUCAUCCACUUCCAGCAGAGCCAGUACCACAUCAGCCGCCUGCAUCAGGACUGGAGCCAGGAGCGAGUCAAGUAUUCUGAAUUGCAGGCGGACAACUGGCGACGACUGAGCGAUGAGGUAGAGGGGAUGCCGACGGGAGAGUAGAAAUUGAAGUUGGGCGUACAUACGGGCUUCCUUUUUGAGGCACCGAAACCCGAACAGCGAGGAUUUUUGGCCACGCGCGGGGUGCGCGAUCCCCGAAUUGCACUUGAGUUUU